AUGCUGACCAACAAAAACAGGGCCUGUUUCGAAGGACUUGUAGUGUUAGUGCUGAUGGUGACAGCUGAGGCCUAUGUGGGUGACUCCUCGGAGUCCAGCUUCUGCACAGAAACCGAGGAGUGCCUUCUUUAUGACCUGGUGUGCAAGACGGCAGAAUAUGAGGUUCGCAAUUACACCGCCACUAAGUGGGUGUCGACAAAUGAAAGGUCCUACUUCAUGGAGCUGGCCGUAGGUUUCGCUUUCAGAAGACUCUAUAGGUACAUCAGCGGAGACAAUAAUGAUGAAGUGGAGAUCGAUAUGACUGCACCAGUGGUGGUGAAGAUUGAGGAAAAGAAAUGGGAAUCCUGGAGAUACCCCGCUUGGUACACUGUCAGUUUCCUACUGCCCUCAGCCUAUCAGAAGAGACCACCCACACCCACCAAUCAAGAGGUGCUCAUCACAGACAUGCCUGACAUGAAUGUGUAUGUGAGGAGCUUCAGGUACUGGCUAAACUCCAUUUCAGUCAAAGUUCAUUCUAUACUUCUGAAGAAGGAUCUGGACGAAGUUAAGGCCAGCUAUGAUAAGGAAGUCUUCUAUGCUGCGGGCUAUAACAGCCCCAUGGAGUUCAGGAACAGACACAAUGAGAUAUGGUACCAGGUGGAAGGGGUCCCAGUGUGUCCCGUUCUUGAAAAUUGAAAAACUUUCAGCCACAAGACACCAGGGAAUCUGGGGUGUUCAACCUGGCUAUAUUCACUGCCAGACCUUUGUUACAUUUGAAAGAAAAAAUAUGUGUAUGCAAGAAUAAAAUGCAUAUCUUAAAUGGUAGAACUUUGCAGAUAUGUUCAGAACUCUCCAGCUCAUCCAAAAUGGAGCUCCUCAAACGAUCUUCAAACCCCCCGGGGCACAGCCAAGUUACUUCCCUUCUUAUUGCCCUCUACUGGCUACCUACAUCAGAUCGCAUCACAUUCAAAGCCUUGGCAUUAGCCUAUCUGGCAACUAAACUAAAUAACUGAUUAUAUCUUUAAA